AUGUUGCGCUUAUUUGCCUCGCAUGCGGCGCAGCAAUUCCAGCGCCACGCCGCCAAUCGCGCGUUCAGCGCGCUCGCCGCUUCUGCUGCAGGCGGAAUGGGCGGCGUCGCGGCGCGCAGGUGGGGCAGCGUGUGGAAAAAGUGCCGUCUGGACGCAGCCGCUGCUGCCCCCACCGCCGCCACGUGCGGCGCACCGUUCGAUUGCACGCAAGCCCCGUAUCCGUCCACCGUUGAUCUCGAUUUCACGCAGCUCACGCCUCUGGCGUUCGCGAGGCGCUUCAGCGCCGGUCCCGCCGCAUCUGGCGGCGACAUCGGCGCGGAACACGUUAAUAAGCCGCCCGAUAAGGCCGCUGCAAACGGUGGCAAUGGCAUUGGCAGUGCGGACAACGUCUACCUCCACCACACCAAGUACGCGUCAAUACCAAACUUCACCAUGGAAGAGAUCGACUGGGAGGCGGACGCGGCGCAGAGCAUGCUGGACCACGCGCGCAUCCUACGGAGCACGCACGUCCACGUGGCAGGCUCCUUAAUCUACCGCGCGCCCAGUGACAGCUUCAGUACUCGUAGCAGCAACAGUGGUACUACAACCACCACUGGUAAUAACGCCAUCGGUGAACGUCCCUCCUCCCCGCGCGGCGGCCCCCGCUCCCCGCACUCCGCGGCCAUGCGCUCCCGCUCCCCCUCACCCCCCCGCUCUCCCCCCCGCUCCGCCCACGGCUCCGCCCACCCCCUCCGCUUCACCUCCCGAUCCGCCUCCCGCCCCGCCUCCCGCUCCGGGCCGCGCCUACGUGACUACAUCGAAGCCCACUCGCGCUCACAGGCCUACAUCCACCCGUCAGAGGAACACCAGCACCAGCCCAUCCCGGUGCUCGGGAUUAUACCAGAGGAUUCCUCCGGUAGCCAUGACACGUCAGAAUCCAGCAGUUGCCACGUCAGCCGCCAGAUGGGAAGGGGGCCUCGGGUCGCCCAGAUGGAUGUGACGAAAACGGUGGUGGCGACAGCGCCGUUUCACGAGCUGGUGGAUGAAAUCCCGAGCGUGUGUGACUAUAACGAGAAUGGGGUGUACAGUGGCAGUAGCGAGGGCGGAGUGUGCAUUGUAACGCACGCGAGCGACACGGACGUGCUCCUGGGGGCAAUGCAGCUCAGUCAGGCGAAAGCUGACAAGCGGGUGGCGGCAGUUGUCCUAUCUGGUGGUACACCACCAACUCUCACCAUCGACCAUAUGAUCAGGCACCCCCCCACUCCCACCCCACUCCCGCCCGUCCUCCCGCCCGCCCGCCCUCCUUCCUCCCCCUAUCCCUCACAUGCAUUCAACCAACCUGUCUGUCCCCCUCCCUGUCCUGCUCUCCCCGCUCGCCCCACACGCCAUAAUCAACAAAGUGCUCAUCCCCUCUUCCUUCCUGCCUCCACCCCCUCCCCCUUCCCCUCCCCCUCCCCCUCCGCCUCCCCCUUCCCCCUUAUCUCUCGCCUGCAGUCCACCAACCUGUCCGCCUCGCUCCCGGUCCUCCUCUCGCCGCUCGACCCGCACGUCAUCUGUCUCUCAAUCGCCCGCGCCCACUCCUCCCUCCACGCCUCCUCCCCCGCCAAAAUCCGCCGAGCUCGCGACCUUUUCCAAGAACACGCUGACACCCCCGCCAUCCACCGCAUCCUCUUCCAGGAAGCUUCCUCCGCCAACCCCGCGCACGUCACCCCGCGCGUGUUCGAGUGCGGGAUAUUCUCACGGGCCCGCGAGGCUCAAUCGCAUGUAGUCCUGGCUAAGGGGACCGAGCCGAAGGUGGUGCAAGCGGCAGGGGAGGUUCUGAGGAGAUCGCUUUGCAAGCUGACUCUUCUAGGGAAUCCCGAGGAGGUGCUUUUGCAGGCGAAGAAUCAAUGCGUGGAUCUAUCCGGAGCUAAUAUUGUCGAUCCCGGAGCUAGCCCGGACCUGGAUCGGUACGUGGAGUUGAUUUGCCAGGCGCAGUUGGAGCGGGGGGUGACGAUGAGCGUGGAGGAGGCUCGGCGGCUGCUGCUUUCCGACCCUGCGUCGUUUGGUUCGGCGAUGGUUGCUGCAGGGGAGGCAGACGGUAUUGCGGUCGGCGGGAUUCGGCCGAAUGGGAACGGGAAGAUUGUGCGGGGGGUGAUCAAGACGCGCCCGGAAAUGCCCGUGGUUUCGGGGGUAGUUUUCAUGUGUCUCCCGGAUAAAGUGCUGGUUUACGGAGACAGCGCGGAAAACACCCUUCCUCUGAUUGGUUCCAACUCCACAGCUGUGGCACCGAGCCUGGGCGCUUCGGCGCCGACCAAUGGGAUCGCCACUGCUGAUCCAACGGCUGAGGAGCUUGCGAUGAUCGCCAUGUCAUCGGCUGACACGACGGCGGCCUUUGGCGUGGAGCCACGUGUCGCGCUGCUGUCCAGGCAACCAAACCAGCAGGGUGUUUCUCGAGGUCAUCUUGCGGAGAGAAUAGAGGAGGCAGCACAUAUAGUAAAGGAGCAACGGCCUGACCUAGCAGUCGAGGGGCCCCUUCCGUAUGCCACCGCUGUGGGUGACAAAAAAAGGAGCGGGUCUGUUUUAUUUGAUAACUCGGACGUGGCGGGGAAAGCUACAGUGCUGAUUUUUCCCGAUAUUCACAGCAGCACAGAUAUGUACAAGCAGCAGCGCACGUCGGGAGGUGUAGCGAUGGGAACUGUGUUGCAGGGUUUGAGGCGGCCUGUAAGUGACGUGACCAAUAGCGAUACUGUGAGGGACCUGGUUACGACGAUUGCCAUAACUGGUGUGCAGGCUGCAACCAUGGCAUCUGAUCCUGGUGCAUCUUCCUGCUAA